AUGGAUCGAAGUUGGAUGAGAGCAUCCGGCAUCACUGCUGAGUAUGGGACUGGGGUGGAACAGUUUCUCCAAUUUACCGAAAUGCAUGCCCCCUCCUUGCGCGGAAAAUAUUUUUGUUUAUGUGUAAAAUGUGCAAAUGGUAGACACCAAAUGCUAAAUGAAAUAAGAUCACAUCUAAUAUGUCACGGGGUGAUUCCAAAUUACACAAAUUGGAUAUGGCAUGGGGAAUUGCCAGACAAUCCAACAUUGUCUCACACUGAGGCAGUCGAUGUAGAUACGGGUUGUCGUAUAGAGGAAAUGAUUCGCGACCUAGGGCAGGAUGGUUUUCGGCAAGCACAUGCUCCUUUGGAUGACAAAAUAGAGAAUGAUUCAAAGACUCAUUUGUAUUCUGGGUGUACAACAUUCACAAGGUUGUAUGCGGUCUUAGCUUUGGUCAACUUGAAGGCACGAUUUGGAUGGAGUGACAAGAGCUUUACUGAAUUGCUAGUGUUAUUGAAAAAGUUGCUUCCUGAAGAUAACAUGUUGCCAAAGAGUCAAUACAAGGCGAAGAAGAUCUUAUGUCCAGUGGGAAUGGAGUACCAGAAAAUCCAUGCAUGUCCAAAUGAUUGCAUAUUGUAUAGAAAUGAGUAUGCAAAAAUGCGCACAUGCCCAACAAGUGGUGUAUCCCGCUACAAGGUCAACAACCAUGAAGAGAGUGAUGUUGCAACUGCAGAGAAUAGUCAUCCAACAAAGGUUUGUUGGUAUCUUCCAAUAAUACCAAGGUUUAGGAGAUUGUUUGCUAAUAGAUAUGAUGCAAAACAGUUGAUGUGGCAUGUUGAAGGCAGAAAAAUUGAUGGAUUGCUCCGACAUCCGGCUGAUAGUCCGCAAUGGAAGGCAUUCGAUGCUUUGUUUCCUAAUUUUGGGAAUGAGGCCAGAAAUCUAAGGCUUGGUCUUGCCUUCGAUGGAAUGAACCCUUUUGGUAACUUAAACACCAGUCACAGUUCAUGGCCUGUUUUGCUGAUGAUUUAUAACCUUCCUCCUUGGUUGUGCAUGAAACGGAAGUACAUAAUGCUUUGCAUGAUGAUAGCAGGACCAAGACAACCUAGUAAUGAUAUUGACGUAUAUCUAACUCCGGCAUCGAAGAUUUCUAAACCAGUUCCAUCCACAUCGACGAUUGAAGAAAGCUUUCAAUGGAUCUCAAGAAAAUGA